AUGUCACCGCCGCGUCGACGUUCUUCGCGGCUCGCCAGCAAGCAGCAUGUCAGAGCCACGCCCGACCUGGCCUCUGUCGCGGAAGCCGGCGACACGACCGUGACGGAGUCCACGACGCCCAAGAAGUCCCCCGCGCCGCCCGCCAGAAGGUUCGAGCCGGCUACCCCGACGGCCUCGAGGCUGGCCCCUUCGCACGAGGAGAUGCACCCCAGCAAGUGCCACAUAUCCACAGCGCCCGAGCCCUCGUCCGCGCUCCGCCUUGGCUUCACCGACGUUAAGCCCAGGGCCUCGUCGGGCAUGCUGGUGGCCGACGGCGGCCAGGACACGCCAUCGAGGCCCAGGGCCGUGCCGGCCACCGAGUUCACAUUCCGCUUCGCCCAGGGCGCGUCGGACCAGCCGUUGAGCGAGAACGCGCAGCGGCUGAUGAGGGAGCUCCGCGAGCAGGCCAAUAUCAUCAAGGCCGACAUGCAGGCCCAGAGGGCCCGUGACGGCGGCGACGACAACGCGGCCAGCCGCAAGAUCGCCCAGCCCAAGGGCAAGACCGGCCGCUUCAGCGAGGUGCACAUGGCCGAGUUCCGCAAGAUGGACUCGAUCGAGAACCACGCGUCGGCCUGGCGCGCCAACCGCACACCCCCCACCUCCGCGGCCGCGUCCACGCUCAGGGGGACGCCCUCCAAGUCUAACCCGGAGGCUGCCGGCACCGCCGCCAGCACCGGCAGCGCACCCGGCACGCCGUCGCCCAUCAAGACCAGCCUCAAGCGCACCCAGUCCAAGGCCAACCUCGACGGCACUCCUCAGUCGCAGCGCUCCCACCGCGCCCUCAAGCGCACUUCCUCCCACGCCAGGCUCGAUGACGGCGACUCGGCCCAGCCAGACGUCGACUCGGUCGGCUUCUCCGUCUCGGGCAGGCCUCGCACAACGCCCCGCGACGAGCCCGGCACCUCCUUCACCAAAAGGGUCAAGAAGUUCCGCGACGACGACACAUCCAAGUCGCGCCCUAUCUCGCGCGACGGCAACAGCGCCAUCCCGCGCCCCAAGUCUAGCGGCAGCCUCAGCAAGACUUCUACGCCUCGACCUACGCCGUCCAACCCGACUCUGGCUCGUCUGACCAGCCCCACCAAGGCGUCGGCCGGACAUCACGCCAUCACCACACUCGGAAAGUCGACCGGCCUCCAUUCCACGGCCACGCCUAGCAAGCCAACCAUCUCGCUGGUGAAGUCGGCGUCCAGGUCUGACGUGAGGGCUGCCACUGCCGCGUCGUCCAUUCUCCGCGGCGAGAACGGGAAGAGCGAGCAGGCGCGCACUGCGCUCCCGAUGCCUGCCGAUGCCAUCUCCAGGACUCCAGGCCCUCCCUCCCGCUCCACCAUGGCGAUGGACAAGGAGCUCCCGCCGAUCCCGCUCACCACACCCCGACGCAGGCUCAUCAAGAGGGUUGCCUUCACGCCAGACACCAAGAGCGCGGCGGAGACGCAGAACUCACCCUCACCGCAGAAGCUCGGCGACACCCCGGCCGAGCCGGUGCAGUACCCCGCCCUCGACGCCGUGCUGGCCGAGUCCUCGGCAACGAAGAAGGAGGACAUGGGCAGCUCACUCUACCCUGACCUCUCUGGUCUAAAACACAUGACGGCGUUCCUGGGGGGCGACAAGAAGGCCAGCCGGGACGUCAGCGCCCCCUCUGCCCCGGGCACCUUUACCUUCCGGUCGGACCACACGAUUGAUUUUGUCAAGGCCUCAGCUUCCGGUUUCGGGGCGUCCCCCGGCCAAGCCAGCCUGCGCCAGGUGCGCCCCUCCACGGGCGGCCCCAGCGUGUCGAUGGUGGACGUGGACACGGACAUGGACAUGCCCGGCAGCUUCCCCGGCGCUCCCGCCGCCGACCAGAGCUCCCACCCGGACAAGGAGAACGCCGCGCCGGCCCCUUCGCCCAAGGUCUUCCUCACCGGCGUGGCGCACGGCAUAGCGAACAAGAAGCGCAGCAGGGCCGCCUCGGAUGAUACUGCCACCACGUCGGCUUCCGCCGCGGCCGCGGCCGCCGACGACGGCGACGACGACGGCCGCGCCGCCAAGAAGCGCAAGAACGUCCACGCGGCUCCCGAGCCGCCCAGGAAACUCUUCUCGCGCAGCACUCUCGGCGUAUCCUCCACCCCCAUCAGGAAGUCACCCGUCAAGAGAGGCGCGCCUCCGUCCUCGGCCGGCCGUACACCCGGGAGGAUGCUUGCUUCAUCGGUCUCGGGUGCAGGUGGGCCUUCCGGCACGCCCACCAAGAAGGUCGGGAUCAGCAUGAGUCGGUUGAAUAUGCUUUCCAGGCCUAAGCGUAGGGCUUGA